GCGUUCCGUAUAGAGGGUAUUGUGAAUAAAAGUUGAUAACGUUACUGUAGCACUGGCCAAUCAUGCCUAUUGUUUGCAGCGCAUGUCAAGCUUCGAGCAAGGCGCUGUCUCGCUGUGGCCAAUGCAAAUGGACGGCGUACUGCUCCAAGAAAUGUCAGAGAGACCACUGGAAGGCUGGGCAUCGUCAAAUAUGCUCCAAGCUGAAGGUAUGUCGACGAUUCCGGGACCUAGAGCGGCAGUGGUGGGCGACUCGACCGUCAGAUGAGCUGCAGACGUUCGUGGUGCAAUUUGGUUUGCAGCCUGAGUCGAUGGCUUUCUUCGGAGAAGUUUUAUUCCUACUCUGUGGACUCAAGGCGUGCGUGUUGCUGUCCAAUCUGCCCCCGAUGUGGCGCCAAAGCUUCGCGAACGACGUGGUGCUUGCCAGUGGAAUCUUGGAGUUUAUAGACUCAACUACCGGCCCAUCACCAGCUAGUUUGAUAGCACUAUAUUCGGUCAGUACUCGACUUAAGACACCAGCAGAAUACGAGCUCACGGGCGACCUUGUGCUGGGUAAUACGAAACACAACGAAUUUGCACUAGCAGAGCGAACACUCCAUCUUGCCGCUGCGACUGUAGACGCGACUAGUAGUGUGCAAUUGGCUACGACGGACACAGCCAUGUUGGGGCUGGUGCAGGAACACGAAUUGGCACGGAUUUUGGGCUAUCCGGUGGCGUUGAGCGAGUGCAAUGAAGAUGCAGCAAUGAUCGAGGUUGGGUAUUUUCUCGAGGAGGGACAAGAGCGCGUACUGUUGACGUCUUAUUGCGCCAUGGCGACACCUCAGCACAAGCAACGCAUACAGCAGCAUUUUCAGCGAUAUCGAAGUUGCAGUACAGGACUUCAGCUUACGCUACAGACGUCACAGAUCUAGGCAUACUACUGGUGUUGACGAAAUACUGAGGAGGAGACGGUGUCGCUACUCGCUCGGUCGAGCAUGGAUUGGGAAUGAUAAAGAUUCGCAGCCUACUGCAUUAAUACCUGCUGUGCGUUCGUGGCGUCAUCGAGUCUGCGAAGAUAUUUCCUGAUCUCCC